AUGGUCGUCUACAGAGACAUUAUUAGCGGCGACGAGAUCCUCAACGACGACUUCUCACUCGAACAAGAUGGCCCCGUCCUAAUAACCUGCGCCUGUCAAGAAGUUACCAAGACCCCUUCCAAUAUAAGGGAUAUAGCCUCGGACGAGGGAUAUAACGACUCAAUCACAGUCUACGACAUCGAAGAAACAUUCAAUCUAGUCCGUCACAAGCCCGAGAAAGCGGAUUUCAAAGCCCACCUCAAUACUUAUUUGAAAGCCGUCGCGCGACAAAUUGCCGCCGAUGGAGCGAGCCGGGAAACACUCCGCGAGUUCCAGUCUGGGCAGGGACCUGCUAUUAAGAAGAUCAUGGAUAAUUGGGAGUCUUUCGAUGUGUUCUUGACGCCGUCGAUGGAUGUUCAUGCAAUGUGCGUGCUCAUUAGGUGUCGGGAGGAUGGGUCGCCGUAUGCGACGUUUUGGAGGCAUGGACUUGAGAAAGUCGAGACUUAG